CCAGUUGGCGGAUGCCCCGCCCUCCCGGGUCCGGGAGUCGUCUAUCCCGCGCCCAUUCCCGGAAGUCAGCGGUCCCAGCCGCCCCCGCGGAUCCGGAAGUCAGCAGUCCCGCCCCUGACCCCGGAAAUCAGCGGCCUCCGCCGCUGCCCGCGACCCCGAGGUCGCGUCCGCCCGGCAUUCGCGCCUGUGCUCGCCGCCCCCAGGGUCUCCUGUUGAGAGUGGUGCUGGAACGUUCCAGGGAUGUACAUGCAGGUGGAGACGCGUACCAGCUCCCGCCUCCAUCUGAAGAGGGCUCCCGGCAUCAGGUCCUGGUCCCUGCUGGUUGGAAUCUUGUCGAUUGGCCUAGCUGCUGCCUACUACAGUGGAGUCUGGGUUGGAAGCUCUUCUAUGUCACAGGCUGCCUGUUCGUGGCCUUGCAGAACCUGGAGGACUGGGAGGAAGCUGUCUUCAACAAGAGCACUGGGAAGGUUGUGCUGAAGACGUUCAGCUUGUACAAAAAGCUGCUGACUCUUUCCAGAGCAGGCCACGACCAAGUGGUGGUCCUGCUGAACGACAUCAGGGACGUGAACGUGGAGGAGGAGAAGGUCCGGUACUUCGGGAAGGGCUACGUGGUGGUGCUGCGGUUUGCAACAGGCUUCUCCCACCCCCUCACCCAGAGUGCUGUCAUGGGCCACCGCAGUGAUGUGGAAGCCAUCGCCAAGCUCAUCACCACCUUCCUGGAGCUGCACCGCCUUGAGAGUCCUGUGGAGCUGUCUCAGAGCAGCGACAGUGAGGCUGAUAGCCCCGGAAGCCAGAGUUGACACCCAUGGAGCCCCCGGCCUUGAUUCUGAUGGCAUCUCCUCAGGCCUGAUGGGCUGCUGGCAAGUCUUCCUCCUCAGUGCCUGGCUGUGUCCCUGGAAGCCCCAGGGUGGGACCCUCGGCCGUUCCUGCUGCUUGCUUCUGCCCUCUGAGCAAAACCACAGGCUGGACCUUCUCUGCAGGCUCCAAGGUGUCCAGGGAGGGCAUGGGUCUUGGAUCUGCCACUUGGAAUCAGACGGUCCUGGCCUGGGCACUGUGGCUUGUGAGGGUGACAGGUGGCGUGGCCUGGUCUGGAUAGACCCACCCCACAGCUAACCAGCCAUGUGGGGCUCAAGCCUCUGAAACGACAAGGACGCCCAGGCUGCCUAGGGUGUGGAGUCCUGAGGUGGGCAUUCCUGCACUGAGACUGAGCACUCUUGAGUGGAGAGGGAUGUUUGCCAACACCAGAUCCCACGGGAACUCAGCUCACAGGUUAUAACAAGGCUUCACUAGGUGCCUGUGGGGCCAGUGGCUAGGUUAGGCAAUGAUGCCAGCAUGUCCUCAGGAAUCCCAGCAUCUCCUUCCCCAUCCUGCCACCCAUGCAGCAUCCCCUCCCUGGCUGGACAGAAGUAGUCACAAGUGAGGUGCUUGCCCAUGGGCUGCUGGUGUGGAGGGCGGACACCGAGGGGCCCACUUGGCUGUGUGUGCUGCACCUGCUCCUGAGGCCUCCCCAGCGCACAGACCACUCUACCCAGACGUCUUGUCUUGGAUCCAACUGGGAUUGCAGCUGGGCUGUCACAGGGAGGAUGCUCUCCCGCUUUCUACCCUCAGCCUGGGCAAAGGCCGCUUGGCAAGGGAAGAGAUGAUCUCUUCUAGCCUCGUGCAGUGUUUAAAAACCAGGAUCUUAGGGCCGGCCCAGUGACAUAGUGGUUAAAUUCAGCACACACCGCUUUGAUGGCCCAGGUUCAGAUCCCAGGUGCAGACCUAUACUACUUGUUGGUGGCUAUGCUAUGGCGGCGACCCACAUAAAAAAUAGAGGAAGGUUGACAUAGAUGUUAGCUUAGGGCCAAUCUUCCUCACCAAAAAAAAAAAAAAAAAAAGACAGGAUCUCUCCUUAGAAAUCUGAUUCCCAGCUUUUCUUGAACUCUGGGAAGACCUGGUAGCUGGGCCUGUUUGUGUGCAGCAGGAAUGGGCCAGGCCCUGGCAGCUGCAGCCACCCCAGUGGAAGCUAGGCACCAGCGAGCUGACCCACACCUGACCUGCUGGUUUGCUCCUGAGGGAGAUGGCUUUCUUUGAACCCAGGUUCCUCCAAGGUGUAGUGUGUGCCCAGAGCACCUCUGAGAGGGGGCUCAGGAGGCUGUGUACCUGGGAACUGCCUGGUACAACUGGAACACAGUGGUGUCACCCAGACCUGGGGGUCUGAGGCCACCUGGGUGAGAGUAAGGACAGCAUUUCUAGGGCACUCGAGAAAAAUGAGAUCCUCUCCCUUCUCAGCACUGGCUCCCAACCAGCCCUUAAUUUGGGGACAUAGUCAUUUAAACGUGUCAAAGUUAGGUUUUUAAAUGGUUACAUCUGAAAUGCUUUUUUUCUAAAAUAAAAAGUAUGCAACACUAUAA